CGAUCCGCUCAUGAGUCAUGACUCAUCCCUUCAACGGCUCUCAUUCCCUAUCUCCAAUUACUAUUAUACCCUCCCCUCUGCCAUUAUGAUCAGCCUACUGUCUCCCUUAACCCUCGGCUCCCCAUUAUAUCCCUACAUGUAUAAACGGAACUUGGACUUCGUGCGAGACCUCGCACUGAACACGGAAUGAUUGGGAUCAUUGUCUCCAACACUUCUCACACAUAAUACCUAUAACUACCGGUCCCUUCUCCCUCUGCUUCUCUCUGCCUUCUUCCUCUCAUCGAUUCUUCUACUGGUCUUUGAUAUGUCUCACAUGGAGCCCGAAUCAUUCGCCGAAGACAGAUCCAACAGUCUUCUAGCCAACACCCGCUGCUGCUUCUGCUUCCCCUGUUUCGGUUCCCGCCCUUCUCCCACCGUCGGUCUCGUCUGGUGGGAGCGCGUACGAGCCACGUCCUGGUCUCACUCCCGCACGCAUGCGUCUUCUGUUACCGACGAUCGCUGGUGGUCUCGUGGCAUCAGAGCCCUCAUGAAGCUCCGUGAGUGGUCCGAGAUCGUCGCCGGACCCAGGUGGAAGACCUUUAUCCGGAGGUUCAACAGGAACAGAAGUGGCGGCGGCUGCAAGCACGGCAAGUACCAAUAUGACCCCAUGAGCUACGCCUUGAACUUCGACGAAGGCCCUAACAGCCCGAACGGCGAUUCCGAAGACAACGGCUACGACGGAUACCACAAUUUCUCCACCCGCUACGCCGCCACGCCCGGUUCAGUCCCGUUGAGGUCAGUCGAUGCCACACCGGGUAAGGACGUUACUGUACUCGCGUGAAAGGUGGCAGAAUGCGCCGUGUAGGCUAAGAUGCGCCGGUGGGUGGUGUGGUGCGCUGGAAGAGGCCCAGCAUGAGCUGGACUAGAUGUCAGAAACACACGAGAGUCGUUGAUUACGCGAGGCUUACGCGCUGCUGUUAGCGGUGGUUCGCUGGCCGCGUCGCGCCACUGCACUUUUUUUUUUCGGUGUUUAUUCUGUUCAUAAAGUAUUUUUCUAGCAGAUAUUGUGUCUGUAUAUAUAAAAAUAAUAAUUUUCUUAUUAUGGUUGGUAACAUAAAAGAAUACAAAGGACGGCGUGGUGUUGAUAUUGAGAUGAGUAUACGCAUGGGAUAAAGCAAGAUUUGGCUUGUUAUGCUCAAUUCUCUCUUUUUGUUUUGUCAUUGUUUUAUUUUUAAUAUAAAACUUAUUUAUCAUAUUUAU